GCCAAAGGAAAGUAAAAUUUAUAAUAUAAAACCUAUAGGAAGGAAACCAAAUUGUAAUUGUAAAUGUAAAAGUUAAUUAAAAGAAAAAGAAUGGAACCAUUCUAUCUCACUCCAACGGAAAAGGAAAAGAAAUAACGGAACUUUGAAUCUGUUCCGUCCCCUCCACCUUCAGACUACAUUUAACCAUUAAAAACCCCGAAAUAAUUUUUGGACCAAUCCUUAGGUGCCAUGUGUGCUGGAAGCUGCUACGGGCUGCAACCCAGGUUGCUGCCAAGUAUCGCCCUAUUUGGUUAGCUAACAUUUCCUUAAGCAAAUUAUAUAUUGCAGAGAAAUAAUUAACUGCUAAUAAAAAUAUAAGAAAACGACAAUCAUGAUAGAAGAGGAUGGUGAAAAAUAGGUGUAAAGUGAAUUGCUAGUCACUGGUCAAAAGUUAGAGCCCCUCCACACAACCAUCGGAGAAUUCCUCGGCCAAAAAAAAUUCCUUCCUUUCGUCUCCCAAACUUCUCCUCCAGUCAAAAUUUAGCCUCAUCAUCUACAAACAAAACAAAGUAAAAAAUUAAAAGUAAAAAAAAAAGCCAAUCGCAAUAGAGAGAAGGGGGAUGAAAAAAGGUAAAUGAAAAGUAAAUGACCCCUUCUUCCUCUUCUUCUUCGUCCUCUUUUUUUUUUUUUUCCUCCUUCCUAUUCUAGGUAAACAGAGUAGUACUCUGAAUUUCUACCUUCUCUUUCCUUACCAAUGGAGCAACGCCUCCCUGAAAAUUUUGGGAGCUUCUCCAGAACCUGUAAUGGUGACAUCCCAGCUCUCUCCGUCCACGAUUCCCCUGUUACCACAUCCGGUGCCGCAGCUAUGGGCGAUUUCUCACCGUCACACUCCUUCGACUCCUUGGAUGAGGUUGACAAAUUCCUUGAAGUCCUUUCGCAAUCUCACGAAGCCAAGUCAGAUCCCCCGCCGGUCCCCGAUGCCGUCGAGUCUCUCUUCAAAACCGUCGAGUCAAUCAUCAGCAAUUAUGACAAAUCGAACUCCAAAUUUGGCCAGGACGAGAAAGAAGACGCGUCCCUUGUUGCACAUCUCAACCGUUUAUCAAAGGUGAUCAAAAUCCUUGGCGACUUCUCCACUGCUGAAUCCGACCUCGUCGCCACGUUCAACCGGGCUAGCACGAUCCAACACCUCGCUAUGUGCUUCCUCGAUAGUGAGUUUCGCACCGUUCUCAACUCCUUCAAGCGAUCAUCCUCGUUCGCCACUGGAAACUGUGUGCCUGACUCAGGCGCCGGUCCUCCUCCUCCAAUGUCAUCCAAACAGUCGUCCUUCUCACGGAAUUUCCACGAAUCAAACAACCAGAUAUCUGAUUCUGAAAACUCCACAGAGGAGGACGAUUUUCCGGGGUACCAACCGGAAGAGAUCUACAACAUGAGUAAAAUCGCCGCAGCGAUGAUCUCCUCUGGCUACCAAUCAGAAUGUUGUUUGGUAUACGGGUCUGUUCGGCGGAUAGCUCUCAACAACAAAUUAGAAAAACUGGGUCACGUUAAUCUCAGUGCCGAGGAAAUUAACAAGAUGGAUUGGGAGACCCUAGAGGGAGAAAUUGCUGCCGCAAUCGACGUCAUCCAUCGGUGCUCCUCCGUUCUCUUCUCCGUCGAGAGAAACCUCUGCAACGCAGUCUUCCAAAACCACCCUUCCAUCUACACAGAGAUCUUUAGUGACUUAGCUUCCAACGUAAUUGACCGAUUCUUCAAUUUCGCUAACGCGAUCACCCUUACCAAGUGCUCUGCCGAGAAGCUCUUCAAGUUCCUUGACAUCUACGAAACUCUACGAGAUCUCGGAUCAGAGAUCGAGAACCUCUCUCCCACAGUCAAAUCCGAGAUCUACGAUACCAUAAUUCGCUUAGGGCAAGCUGCCGUCUCCAUGUUUUGCGAUCUCGAAAACUCAAUCCGUCGUGAUGUCAGCCGAACUCCAGUCCCCAGCGGUGCAGUCCACCCUUUGACACGAUACACCAUGAAUUACCUCAAGUACGCAUGUGAGUAUAAAGAUACCCUCGAGCAAGUGUUUUUACAAAAGCAAAAAACCGAAGGAGAAAAUUGGGAUUCAUCAUCUUCCAAAUCUGACGACUCCGGGUCCAAAUCUGGAUCUGGAUCCGUCGGGGGAGCGAAUGAGGAUGGCACGCCUAAAACAUCCCCAUUUUCUAUUCAACUAAACACAGUUAUGGAUCUCCUUGAUGAAAAUUUGGAGAUGAAGUCGAAUUUGUACAAAGAUCCAGCAUUGAGGAACAUAUUUCUCAUGAAUAAUGGCAGGUACAUCUUACAAAAGAUUAAGAGUUCGACGGAGAUUCAUGACAUGAUGGGAGUGACGUGGUGUCGACGGCGGUCGUCUGAUCUGAGAAAAUACCAUAAAGGGUAUACUAGAGAGACUUGGGGCAGAGUUUUGCAAUGUUUAAGGCACGACGGGAUUCAGGUGAAUGGGAAAAUGGCAAAGGCGGUGGUUAAGGAGAGGUUCAAAAUGUUUAACAAUGCGAUCGAGGAUAUACACAAAACCCAAAGCACAUGGGUUGUGAGCGAUGAACAGAUGCAGUCGGAGUUGCGGGUGUCAGUGUCAGCAGUGGUUAUUCCGGCAUACAGAUCGUUCUUAGGAAGGUUUCAACAAUGCUUGACGCAUGGGAGGCAGACAGAAAAGUAUAUAAAGUAUCAGCCAGAGGAUAUUGAAAACUUGAUUGAAGGGUUGUUUGAUGGGAACCCGACCUCCAUGGCGAGGAAGAAGACAUGAACGAGGACGAGAAAAUGGAGCGGCGAGAUUGAGAAUACUUAUUAUUAAAGAUGAGUUAUGAAAAUGUAAAAUGUGAUGAUGAACAUAGGGUUGGCGCCAUUUUUCAGGAAGAAAAUAUGAGUGAUUUUUUUUAAUUUCUUUAAAUUUUUUAAUUGUGUAUUUUGUGGGUUUUGGUGUUUUGAAUGUGAUUAACUGACCCUGUGAUUGUAAGUAUUAGAAGAAGAAAACAAAAAAACAAGUUUUGUUGAGUAUAAUCAUGUACUAAUUUGACAUUAAUACUUUUUUUUAUUUUUCAUUUUUUCCUACCCCACUCUGUUGUACUUUUUAGUGUUUCAUUGCUAAUCCUUUUAUCUUUUCAUUGCGUUCCAAUUUGGCUCAUAAAAUUUCUAUUUUAUCCAGAAUAGUAGCAAAUUAAUUUCUAAAUAUGUUGUUCAUUGUCUAAAAUUUGCACUCGUGUGUUUGUAAAGAUAAUUUAGGAUGACAAAACAUGCUCAACACUUAAGAAGAAUUUACUAGUAGACAUGCUAGUCGUUCUAAAGCGGUAACUGGUAACAUGAUGAUGGUAAAUAAUGGUGCAUCUUUUACCUUACGACAUAAUCCCGAUGAUGCUUUACACUAACUGCAACCCACAUCUAAAAAUGGGUAUUUGAAAAUUUGUGUGGAAGUUUACCCCCCAACCCAUGAAAAAGUGGGUCUCGAAUAUGGGUAUUUGAGAUGAAAUGGGGAGGGGUUGGUAAAAUUUGAGAGGGAAAAGUGGAAACUCAACCUCCCUCCAGCCCCGCCGACCCUCCCGCGAUCAGAAACCUCCACCAGGUUGGAGGGUCGGGGCUGGCCGGGCAUCCAUUCGAUGGACAUGAAGACCCUGCCGGAAGAGGCGACGAUAGAGUGGGGGACAGAGGGAGGAUGCACAUUUGGACCUGGAGGAAGAGAGGAGAGAAGAGAAGUCGAUGGUGAGUCUUCCGCUGCUCAUCACAGAAUUUGAGGGUGAACGGAAAGUUGGAGGAUCCCGCCAGCUCUGGACGGCAGGAUGGAGGCGACGAGGAGAUUAGGGAUUUCAGAUGUGAUGAGUUUUUUUUUUUAUAUUCUUGUUUUAAAAAUUAAUAAAUGAUAAAGUAAAGAUCAUUAAGUUACAAAUAAAGUACAAUCAAACGGAUACCUUUUUGCCACAUCAUCGAGAUUUUUCCAACUCAACAAUUGAAUUGCCACGUCAGAUUCAACUGACGGUCAAUUGGAUGGAAAGUUAACGGUUUGGUAAUUAAUUUGUUUUGAUUGAAAAGGUUUGGCUAUUAUAUUGUAUUUACCCUAGUUGAUUAGCUUUAACAAAAGUUUGAUUGCUAGAUAAUUUGUAGACAAGUAAGGUUAUAUAGAUCGCCAGGUUGAUAUUUGAAAUACUUACUCUGUGCCACACCCGGUUAUAGGUUACACUUGGCCUAUAAUCGAGAUUGAGUUGUAGUGGUAUCUAGUCAAGUAUAGACAACACAUAUGAGCACCUAAUUUAGAUAAAAACUCAUACAUUAUGCUGGAUGAAAACCUGAAAGGGAAGACCUUUUCAUCCUUUGAUAAUUGCUAAGAAACUAAGAGUAUUCAC